GGGCGGGGCCUUCUCCGCAGACAGCCCUCACGCAGUGCGCCUGCGCGGGUCGAGGGCGGUGGCUCAGUCUCCUGAGCAGUCUGCCCCUCUGCACCAGCGGUGUGGCUGCUGAACCCAGCGGAGAAACGCAGCUGAGAAAUGGAAGAGAAAAUGAAAUACUUAAAGCAGCAGUUAUGAGGAAGAGCCUAACAGAACUAUGGCAACUUCAGGUGACUGCCCCAGAAGUGAAUUUCAGGAAGAAGCCCCUGUUGGAUGCAGCGAGGAGGUCCUUCUGCAGGCUGCAGCACAGCCAGAGGAAUUUGUGGCCAUUGCAGACUAUGCUGCCACCGAUGAGACCCAGCUCAGUUUUUUGAGAGGAGAAAAAAUUCUUAUCCUGCGACAAACCACUGCAGAUUGGUGGUGGGGCGAGCGUGGUGGCUGCUGUGGGUACAUUCCCGCGAACCAUGUCGGGAAGGCCCUGGAGGAGUAUGACCCAGAGGAUACCUGGCAAGAUGAAGAGUACUUCGGCAGCUAUGGGACCUUGAAACUCCACUUGGAAAUGUUGGCAGACCAGCCCCGGACAACAAAAUACCAUAGUGUUAUCCUGCAGAACAAAGAGUCCCUGAGGGACAAAGUCAUCCUGGAUGUUGGCUGUGGGACCGGCAUCAUCAGUCUCUUCUGCGCACAUCACGCGCGGCCCCGGGCAGUGUACGCAGUGGAGGCCAGUGAGAUGGCCCAGCAUACAGGGCAGCUGGUCUUGCAGAAUGGCUUUGCUGAUACCAUCACCGUGUUCCAGCAGAAGGUGGAGGACGUGGUGCUGCCUGAGAAGGUGGACGUGCUGGUGUCCGAGUGGAUGGGCACCUGCCUGCUGUUCGAGUUCAUGAUUGAGUCCAUCUUGUAUGCCCGGGAUGCCUGGCUGAAGGAGGACGGGGUCAUCUGGCCGACCACAGCUGCACUGCACCUUGUGCCCUGCAGCGCUGACAAGGAUUACCACAGCAAGGUGCUCUUUUGGGACAAUGCCUACGAGUUCAACCUCAGCGCGCUGAAAUCUUUAGCAAUUAAGGAGUUUUUUUCAAAGCCCAAGUAUAACCACAUUUUGAAACCAGAAGACUGUCUCUCUGAACCGUGCACUAUAUUGCAGCUGGACAUGAGAACUGUGCAAAUCUCAGACCUAGAGACCAUGCGAGGUGACCUGUGCUUCGACAUCCGGAGGGCUGGCACCUUGCAUGGGUUCACAGCCUGGUUCAGCGUGCACUUCCAGAGCCUGCAAGAGGGGCAGCCACAGCAGGUGCUCAGCACUGGGCCCUUCCACCCCCCCACACACUGGAAGCAGACAUUGUUUAUGAUGGAUGACCCCGUCCCUGUCCACAUAGGUGAUGUAGUCACAGGCUCGGUUGUGCUGCAAAGAAACCCUGUGUGGAGAAGGCACAUGUCAGUCGCUCUGAGCUGGGUGGUCACUUCAAGACAAGAUCCCACAUCUCAAAAAGUUGGAGAAAAAGUCUUUCCAAUCUGGAGAUGACAAUUGGUCUUCAUUGGAAAGCAGCAUGCGUAUCUUGAGGGUGAACACAAGUGAAUCAAGACGCACCUGGCUGCUAACACACACUCCUGUGAAAGUCUGUGAAUGUUCACUCCACAUCAACCCUUCCCUAGCCUGGCAGGUGAUGCCAGGGCCCUUCACAAACACACUGCUGUGGCCACCCUCACUGCCCAGUGUCUGUCCUCUAGAAGUAGCUGUGUGUCCCAGGUGCUGCCUGUGGUUAAGUCGUGGCUCAGUGUUCCUAUGCUAGGUCUAGUUCUGCACUCCUAGGACGCACACAUGUCAGCCUUAUGUACCCUGUGACAGUGACUCCUCACGCAUUCUGUGUUAGUGGUGUCCUUACUGCCAUCAUCUGAUCCAGUCAACAUGCAGGAUGCAGGACUGCACCGUGCUGUGCAGGUGGUGUGCAGGAAAGCUGAGGUGGCGAUGCAUGUGGCGGGACUCUGCAUGGCGUAGUGCCGUCGUGUGGAUGUCUUCCAGGUAAAUUAUAUGUGGCACAUAGUACAUCAUGCUCAAUAAAUAUUUUUUAAUGAG